ACUAUUCUUAGUAACAGAUCGUACGACUUCACCAUGAUAACAUAUGAUAGGUGCUGACUCACGUGAAUUAGGUGUAAAAGCAUAGUGGAUGACUGUUGAGAAUCGGGGCUGGCCAUUAAUUAAGAUAUUGCCCCGUUGACUAUCCAGAUUUUAGUAUAUGCUGCGGCUCGGCCUAAUCAAUCAACCAGAUAAUGGGUACAUAGCGUUGUGCAUAUGGCUCACUCAAUUUUUGGCAAGUGCAAGAGCGGUGAUAAGCUGCCGUCUGACUAAUUAUAUAUUUCAGUGCACCUAAAAGGAACUCUCACUUUUCAUGAUUACCAAAAUAUAUAUACCUUUCCGAUAAGCCCAAGUGGGAACUACAAUUGCAGUGGGGGCCUGAUAAGAUUAGCGAAAGGCGUGAGCCAUGUUUGCCAAUAUAUAAACGGUGUUCACGUCGAAAUCCGCACAGAUUGUUUUUGUUUGCCGAAAUCAACUAGCUACCAACAUGCUUACCUUUGAGGAGAUCGUCGAGAAGGCCAAGAACUUCAAGAACCUGCCCAGCAAGGAGGAGUUCCUCGAGUUCUAUGGCUACUACAAGCAGGCCACCGUGGGUGACUGCAACAUCGAGGAGCCGGAGGAUGAGGAGAAGAAGGCCCGCUACAACGCCUGGAAGAGCAAGGCCGGUCUGACCGCCGACGAUGCCAAGGCCUACUACAUCGAGGUCUACAAGAAGUACGCUCCCCAGUACGAAUAAGCAGUGCAUUUCCCUAGCAAACCCUAGUCCUAGACACUUUCCUGUGAACCUUCUAACGAUGCAUGUGAAUAGUUGUUGUAACUCUAUGUAUUUAUUGUAAUUUUAUAAUAAACAAAACACCUUUGCAUUUAAAA